AACGGGGCACCCCCGCCGCCUCCAGAGCACCAUCUGCCGGGGGACAAAGCCACCUCGUUCAGUGACAUCUUCAACUGAGAUGGAGCACGUGACACGGCUCAAGAAAACCUCGUUACCUUAAGACAUGAAUGGAGGCCCAGCAUUCUGUACACGCCAGUAGAGUGUCCGAUAUGUAAACGCCGGUUCUUCAAUAAGUACUCGGCCAAAAGACACAUGAUUCAGGCGCACGGGGAGAACCGCUUUCACACCCGCCCGUACGCCCGCGCGGACCCCAACUCUACCUCUACCUUCAGUGCUGCCCUUCAGGCCAUGGGCGUGGCGGCCGUGUCAGUCGACGCCAUGAAGCCCGCAGCCCUCGGGAAGGUGCACGGCUAUGGCGGCGGCGGCGGCGGCGGCGGCGGCGGGGGCGGCGCGGGCGGCGGCCAGGAUGGCUGGCUGUACCCGUCGUCUCCGCCCGUGAAGCUGCAGCAGCACCAGGGAAGCUGCGACGGGGCGUACCCUCAGCUACUGGCAGGAGGACGUGGCGGCGGCCCCUCUCCGCCCCGCCAGAACACACAUGAUCCCUCAGGAACGUUAUCAAUAUCCGGGCUUCCCACAACCCCGCGCCUCGGCACCGCUCACGACCCCCCGCCUGCAGCCGCCGCCUCGCUAUCGGGCAUGCAGGCGCAUCAUCUAAAGUCUCCAACGGCCUCGCAGGGCGUGACGGCGCUCACCACGUCUCCCACCAUCAUGCCUCACCCCACCCCCCCGCGCCCAAACCUCUCGGACGCCCCCGGCACGGCGCACCCCAGCCAAGGGCAUCAUGGCACCGGAGAGGCGAGCCCCAUGACUGUCGCGGCCCUGGGGACCUUCUCCAGCUCCCAAAAUGUGUAACGCCGCGGAGGAGGUCCUGAGGGCUCCUCACUCCCCUCCCCUUCCCCCCCUCUCUCCCCUAUCCUCCCUCUCCCCCUCGGCUCCUUCCUCGGCGUCCUGAGUGUCAGAUGCCGGUGUACGUCCGGCUGAGGGAACGACGGCAGUAGCGUGGCUGCCGAUGCUUCGUGACAGUUCAGACAAAUGUGAUAAGCACGGAAGUUUAUACCAUGUACAUGUAUACGAUGUAGUUCUUAGAUAAUACAAGUAAUUAAACUCUUCUAAGAAAAAAAACUGGUGCCAUAUAUUGUGCUACUUCAUUAAGUGAAUCAUUUCUAAACACAUGUGAAGAUGCAAAUUUUCUACUCCCCCUUUCCUGAUUUCCCCUAUUACUAGUGUAAAGAGGUAAAGUUACAAAAAAACAACAACUAUAUGAACGAUGGAUUCCUAUUUUUUGUGAGUAUAACAAGCCCGCCAGAGGAGCUUGUCCUGUGUCACAAAAGAGUAGAUUAGUUUUGUAGGUCAACAACAACAACUUUUAGUCAGAUAUUUAGCCUUGCUGGAGUAGAACUGAUCUCGUUUUAAGCCCCUACCCCCUCAUCCUCAUAAGUAGAAGCACUUAUGUUUGUAUUGUAUAUGUAUUUAGUUUGUGAUAAUAAAAGUACUGACAAAUAU